AUGGCCCCCGAACUCCGCGUCCUCGUCUCCGCCCCAGACUCCCCCGGCUACCCCCCCACCACCCCCAUCCCCGUCAACUCCCCCGACCCCUCCCCGCUCUCCACCCCAGGCUUCGAGGGCCAUAUCUGGGUAUUCGUCAAAGACUACUCUGGCCCGCACCUCUCUGGCGACGGCGCCGAAUACUUUGCAGAAGCAGGGCGGGAAGGGAUGACUUAUGGGAUUGUGGUGAAAGGUAGGUUUAGGGAGGAGGUGGGAGGGGAUGAAGUGGUUCUUGGGAAUGUGUUUGAGAAGCCUAUUAGGGAUAGUUUGCCGUGGGGGACUAGUGUGGCUACCAAGUUCAUGUACUUUAUUGAUCCGACGCUGGAGCUGGAUAUCUACGCCGACAAGCCCUGGGCCCUCUCGCCCGCUCUGGCGACUAUGAACUACCUCUCCCUCCAGGAAAGCAGCGACAUUCCCAAAGACCUGCGUAUCAAAGAAGAUGCUCCAGAGUAUCUCAAAGCCAAAACCGGAGGUCAGUCCUUCUCCUUUCCCCCCUCCCCCUCCCCGACGGUCAAAGGUUCCGAAAAAGCCAAGAUCACCGCCCGAAGAAAGUGGCUCGGGUCCAAAACCAAUAGGGAGAAUGUAAAGUUGAACAAGGACGUUGUGGUGGGCAUGGAGUUUGCCAACGGCCUUCUCGACUUCAACACCCUCUCCGCUACCCUCCCACCCCCUUUCAAAGCAUCCUUCCCCCUCCUCAAAUACUGGGACGGCCAGCCCGUGACAUACUCUUGUCAGCGCCGAGCGAAAGACGGAGAGAGCCCGGUGGGGCAGGAGGUGUUUUGGAGUGUGGCGUUUGAGAUUGUUGAUGAGAAUGCGAAGCAAGAGUUGGAGAAGAAACAUGGUGGGAAGGGGGGAGAAAAAGAGAAGAAGGAUGAGAAAGAGAGUGUUGAUAAGAGUGCGGGUGAUAGCCAGGCCGAUGAUGUUGAUUAG